UGCAUCCACGAGCUGCCAGAGAAGCAUGUUGGGAUAACUCAGUGUGUUGCUAGUGAGUGUGUGUGUGUUCAGUUUAACGGUGUCUGUAACGUGUACUGUGGUUUAGUGACAGCCAGUGGAGUGAUUCAAACAGCCCGUUCCCACCGCAGGCAUUGGAAUAAAGGAAGUUAAAGGUGUGUAUCACAAUCAGUAGUCACAAUGAUAACUCCUGCGUUCGACCUGAGCCAAGAUCCAGAGUUCCUGAUUCUCAGCAUCCGCGUGCCGUACACCAGAACAUCCGAGUUUGAUCUUUACAUCGAUGGAACAGAUUUCAAGUUCUUUGCCAAACCCUACUUUCUCAGGUUGUCUCUUCCUGGAAGAAUAGUGGAGGAUGGGAGAGAAAAGGCCAAGUUUGACAUUGAUAAAGGUCUCGUCACUCUUCGGGUCCCAAAGGAAACAUCUGGAGAGCACUUUGAGGGGCUCCAGAUGCUGACGAGUCUCCUCGCCCCAAAAGGCUCCCGUUCAGCCAAACCCCUGAUAGAGGACCUGAGCGCAGGAGGCGGUGAAGGCGCGGGAGAUGAUGAUGAAGAUGAAGACGAGGAGGACUUUGACUGGCAGGUUGAGCAGGAGGUGUACAAGGAGAGCUCUGAGGAGGAGCUGGGAGUCCUGCAGAAAUACGGCUUCGGCAACCAGAGGUGUGGAGUGUUUGCAAGAUUACAGGAGGAACUGAGCGAUGUGACCGAUGUCAAGAACCCAGAGGGGACGACAGCAGCGGAGAGGAGGCAGGGACGGCUCCACGCAGAGGAAUCUGCUUUUUCUCCUGACCAUUACCUGGCUGACUUGUUUGAGGAUGAUGAGAUAAAGGGGCUGCUGAAGUUUAGGCCAUGGUGGGAGAAGCCGAGUCCUUCAACAGAGCAGGAAGAGGAAGAAGUUGCAGCCGUGUCGUUCACCGACGAUGAGAAGGAGCAGCUGAGGAAAUUCACCAACCGCUCGUACCUGCUGGACAAGACGUCCCGUCACCAAGUGUGGCUCGGCCUUGUGGACGUCCUGCUGGCUUACUGCUACGAAGCGCGCUCCACGGAGGGAGAGCACAACGUUGAAUCUCCGUGGACUAUCAGAAAACUCAGCGGGACUCUCUGCUGGCUGGAGACUUACAGCUCCCUGCAGGACGUCCUGGUGUCUUUUGGUCGGAGGGUUUUGUGCUACCCACUCUACAGACACUUCGCAAUGGCAUCGGCGGCUGUUCGUGACACAACUACGAUUUUGCAGUCAGGGAGAGCCGGUGUCCUCAGAUGCCUGCUGGAUAUUCACAGAGUGUUCCGAGAGAACGACCCGGCCUACAUACUGAACGAUCUGUACAUCACAGACUACUGCGUCUGGAUCCAGAGAGUCAACAAUUGCUUCCGUUCUCCGUCCGUGGCCCAUUGGUUCCUACUGAAGAUGUCUAAGAAGAUGUCAGCCUUGGCCGUGACGUUACAAAAAGCCUCCCUGCGGAAAAAAGACCUGGAGCUGGAACUCGAGGAGCUAGAGGAGGCAGCGACAAUGGUGGCCGAUGAGGAGGAGGAGGAAGAUGAAGAAGAGGGAGCAGCCUCCGACUGCGCUCCGAUAUCCCACAGUGACAGCGGUGGAGCUUCCAGUGACAGCAGCAGCAGUGACUCGUCCGACGAGAGCGAGGAAUCUGAGGCUGAAGGGCAAAGCUGCACCGAAUCCAACGUGGGAGGAGGAGGAGGAGGAGGAGGAAGAAGAGGAGGAGGAGGGAGGGCGUCUAAGGACAGCCCUCCACAGCCCCAACCUGUCUCGGCUGCCUCUCACAUCCCCCAGGAGCCCACAAGCACACCCUCCUCAGCCUCACAGGGCUCCAGCCUGCUGAUCCAGGAGCUGGGGGAACGGGUGGCGGAGGAGCUGAGAAUCUCUCAGGACUCGCGGGCGAACAGCGGCGCGGUGAAGGCGGACGCAACGUCAGGGAGCCGGAGUACCGGCGAGACUUUGUUGGAGCCGAGCCCUCGCAGAAACCCCCUGCUAAUCGUCGGAGCGCUGGAGGAUCGAGAUGAGAGCGACUUUGUCGGCUGAGAGACGUCGUGGGAACCUGAGAGACCACGCGGAUGAAUUUUGAACUGUUGCCUCUGUGUAAGAACAUGAGACUAUUUUAACGACUUCAUUUCUAAACGGUUUUUAGUGCUUCAACCCUCUGAAUGACCUUAAUUGUCUGUAAGGAAUUGUAUUCUCUUACUUUAUGAACUUGCUAAGCCUCAUUAAAAUCCUUGCUUGAUA